AUGGACCCCGCAGUCACCGCAGGCAGCUCCAAUCAACACCCUCGAGGCUGUGGAGAGGGCUACAGAAACAUUGAGGAUCUCCACUAUGCCAAAACCAGUGGCAUCAAGAAGGGACUAUCCCUCACCCUACGCUGUCACAUGUCAAGAUCACCUCGGGAACGAUCCCAAGAGACACUUAUCAACACAAGCAACCACAGACCCGUCCCGGGACUACCAUCAGUGAGAGGCAUCACCCGAGACACCCGACAGACGCCCACUCAGGUUAAAUGGGACCGACUCAGUGACUGGAGAGAAAGGGUAGCGUAG